AUGAACAACACAGCAUCCUUCGAAACAGCAGAUGAAACUCGGUUUAAUGAGGAGAAAUCACACGCGCUUCAUUAUGGGUGGGUUUUUUGGUUUAUGCACCGUUCUCCAGGAGAGAAAAUCACAAAUUAUGAGGGUGCCAUGAAGAAGAUUGCAACAUUCAAUACGAUUGAGGAAUUUUGGGCUGUGUAUAGUCAUCUUCGUCGCCCCAGUGAAUUGCCCAAUAUCAGUGAUUAUCAUUUAUUCAAAGAAGGCGUUCGACCUGUUUGGGAGGACAAUGUAAAUAUCAAUGGUGGAAAGUGGAUUGUUAGAAUCAAAAAGGGAUUGGCAAGCAGAUAUUGGGAGUCGUUAGUAUUAGCCAUUAUUGGAGAUCAAUUUGACGUGAAAGACGAGAUUUGCGGUGCGGUCUUAUCCAUCAGAGGAUCAGAGGAUAUCAUUUCAAUUUGGAAUAAGACAUCCUCCAACGGAAAGAUCAAUCUCAAGAUUAGAGAUACAAUCAAAAAGCACUUGAAUUUACCAUCAGAAACAACAAUGGAAUACAAAACCCACAACGAUGCGCUUCGAGACAACAGCAGUUUCCGCAACACAGAUGUGUUUCGAUGA